AAAAAAAAAAAAAAAAACGACUAGGAACGAAAAAGGCCCCGCCGACCUAUUAUUAAAUUGUAGCCAUGCCUUAAGUGAUCCCAUUAAUUUCAUUUAAUAUAAUCGUUAAUAACAAGUUAACAACCAAGUUACCCCUAAUUAUUCAUUCAUUCACUUCCUUCUCUCCAUCCUCUGAUUACCACAUCGAAAAAAAAAAGAAUAUUAAAGCCGCGGAAUCCAAUGACUAGCUAGCUGAUAUGAUUCCCAAGUUUCCGAUUUGUUUUGUUUCGAUGCCUAGUAGCAUUAAUAGUAAUUUGGCCGGUGGUAAUAAUAGCAAUAACUCGUCGGAGACGGCUGAAUGUAGCCGCCUUGAGCCGCAGCGACUAGGGCUUUCGACGGCGGUGGAGGGCGGACUAGUGCAGGCGCAUACGGCGGAGUGGACGCGGUACAAGGGUGUUCGGCGGAGGCCGUGGGGGAAGUUUGCGUCGGAGAUAAGGGAUCCGAUGAGGAAAGGGUCGAGAAUGUGGCUGGGAACUUACGAGACGCCGGAGGACGCCGCGUUGGCGUACGACCGGGCGGCCUUCCGAAUGCGGGGUUCCAAAGCUAAGCUUAAUUUCCCCCAUCUGAUCAACUCUUCUGAUGUUGUGAUGGAGCCGGUCAGGGUCAAACCUAGAAAGCGCGGUUCCCAACAGGCUUUUUAUUCACCUGCUUCAACCGAAAUCCAUUUUGGGAAGAAGGGAAAGUUUGUUGAGAUUUCAUUUACAGAUUCCAAGGAUGACAAGCCAUAGCUAGAGUACAUGUAUCACUCUUUUCUUUCUUUUCUUUCUUUCUUUUUUUUUUUUAAUUUUUAUUUUUGGGUACAAAUCACUGUUAUUUCUUUGUUUGGUGCAUUAAGAUCUAUCACUCUGUGUAAGGUAGUCCUGAUCUCUAUUCUCUACGUUGAAUAAGUUAUGCGUGUAAGUAUUUGUAACUCUAUAAAAUAGAACGAAAUUGACC